AUGUUGGUGGCAAAUAUCGGCACUGCUGGUAUGGGCCUUCGGUCGGAAAAGGGAGGACUGUGUUGGAACUUUUGGAAGAUUUGGAAAAUUCUUUCACAGCUCGACAGGAACACUGCCAGUGAUUCACAGACCCGUCGUUACCCCCUCUCCAACAACAUCUCCGCUGCUCAGAUUCAUCAAGACUACCAAAGACGAGUGAGACAAGCCGAGCGAGAGGUAGCUGCGAAUGAACCGGCAGAUGAACUCGAGGAGGAAGAUGAAUAUGAAGACAAUGACGGCGAAACGGCCGAGCAGAGAAAGAAACGCAAGCGAAAGGAGGCAGCGACGCUCGCAAAGAUCAAGCAGAGCAAGGAGUUCGCUCGCCGCAAGGCCCGCCGCACUGGGAAACCCGAUGAUGACGACGAUGUCAUUGCUAGAGAGAUGAUGUAUCAAAAAUCACGACCGAUGCCAGGCCAACUUGAGAAUUGUGAGUUGUGCAAUAAGCGUUUCACGGUCACUCCAUACAGCAAAACCGGCCCCAAUGGAGGUCUCCUCUGCGCCAAAUGUUCCAAAGAUGUAGCAGACGAUGAAAGAAAGUCAAAAGCUAAGAAGCGAGGGCCGAGAAGUGGUCGGCGGCAGAAUCAAAGCAACUUGCUCGACGGAAUCGUUCAGCAAGGUGCUCUCAGUUUGGUCGAGAUGUGUGCAAAGGUGAACAUCUUUGAGCAAUCCUUCGAUAUGUCUUGUUCGAGAACUGACCGCAUUCAGAAAGUUGCUGAUAACCACAACGACAUCGAAGAAUUUGGGGACUUACCGUCACGAUUGCUUCGGCGCCUUAGCCAGAUAUUUUCCAAAAGGCGUAUUCUUACAUCAAGGACUUUGAACUUGUUCCUGCGACCUGAAUUGAAUUUCAUUGAUAUCUACGAUGCGGCUAAACUCGAAACGGACGACUUUCACAAAAUAUUCGCUAGUAUGCCGGCCUUGAAUAGUGUCAAUCUCCGAUUUGCGGGCCAAAUCAAAGACAGAGUCUUUGAAUACGUGAUUGACCGGGAUCUCCAAAUCAGGCAACUGCAAUUAGAUGCCGCUAACCUUGUCUCUGAUACUUAUUGGCGGCGGCUCUUCCAGAAAUUGGGAUCUCAGCUCGAAAGCCUGAAACUGUCGAAUCUCGACUUUUCCUUUGAUGACGAAACCGUGGAAACACUAUGUAGAAACUGUACAGCCCUCAAAAGACUAAAGCUCAAGCAGUGCUGGAAGAUUGGUAGCGAUUCUCUACGGACAAUUUCAACUUUACCAACGCUUGAGCACUUGUCUCUUGAUACUAUCCAAGAUUUGGAGAUUGAACCCUUAUUACAGAUGGUGAAUACUCUUGGCCCGAAUCUACACACACUAUCCCUGGAGGGCUUCCACAACGCUGAUGAUCGGCUUUUGGAUCUUAUUCAUGACAAAUGUCGGUUGCUCUCAAAACUUCGUUUUUCAGACAAUGCUCUGUGCAGCGAUAGAGGAUUUGUCAACCUGUUCACGAAUUGGGCCAAUCCUCCCUUAAGAUUCGUGGAUUUGUCUUCUACACGAGACGUGGAUAAUGCUAACCCUGAUGGUCCUGUCGAGGCAAUUGGACUCGCAUCUCACGGGUUCAUUGCGCUCAUGAACCACUCGGGCUCAACCCUUCAGAAACUGAAUAUCUCGUCGUGCCGUCACAUAUCGCGUGCUGCUUUCGAAGAGGUGUUUCAAGAAGAAAAGACAUACCCAUUCCUGCAGGAACUGGACGUGUCCUUCCAUACGGUCAUGGAUGAUUUCCUCAUACGUAAAAUAUUCCAAUCCUGUCCAGCGAUCAAGAAAGUUGUUGCUUUUGCAUGCUUCAAUGUGCGCGAUGUCCAGGUUCCAGUUGGCGUUGCAUUGGUUGGAGGCUUGACGGCCCAGCACUCCAUUGUCAUCGAGGGCCCAGCGUCUGGUUAA